AUGGUCUCACAUGAACCUAACCAGGGGAGCGUCCAACCGAGAUCAUUUCUUAUUUCACUAACCAACACCACUCACCAUCCAACCAACACCACCCACCACCACCUCCUACCACUCGCCACCACUAACCACCUAUCUCCACCACCUACGACACAACACCACCAUCCACCCACCACCACCAUAUACCAACCACCAUCCACCACCCAUCACUCAUCACCACCACCACCACCCACCUCCACGACCAUCCCACCCAUUACCCCCACCACUAACCACCACCCAUCACCACUACCCACCUUUAUCACCUAUUACCGCCACCUCCACCAUCAUCCAUCACAACCAACCACCACCCGUAACCACCACCCACCACUACAACCAAUCACCACCAACCACCAUCACAACCACCCACCUCCGUCAACCCUACCAUCAUCACAAUCAUCCACCACCACAACCAGCCAUCACCCUCAACCACUUGGAACUACCACCCACCACUACCCCCAAUCAUCACCAACCACCACCUGCAACCACCAUCACUACUACCCGCUUCCCCUACCUAUCACCACCACCAUCUCGUGCAUCACCCAUCAAAACCACAUGUCACCACCAUCUCACCACCGACUACCACCACUCAUCACCUCCACCUGUCUCCAUCACCUAUCACCAUUAUCCCACCACCACCCACCAUCCGCCACCACCAACUACCACCACUUUCCACCAACAUCAUCACCACCCAUUACCUACCACCACCACCAUCCUCCACUAAACAUCACCACACGUCACCACCACAUACACCACCACCCGUCAUCACCCACUCAUCAACACCACAACCACCGAGCCGCCCAACAUAACCCCUAUCACCACUACUACCCACCAACCCAUUGGUUGUUCUCGUAUAUAUAA